AUGUCUCUGGAGAAGGAGACUUCGGUCGAACAGCACGAGACAGUUUCAGAGGCUGUCAACGAUGUCGCAGUCUCAAAAGAGUGGGCGCACGCCGAGGGCAAGAAGGGUGCCGAUCAGGAGCAUCAAAUGACGCUCUUGCAGGGAAUCAAAGGAUACCCAGGAGCGAUCAUGUGGAGCGUGUUGCUUUCAACGGCUAUAAUAAUGGAAGGGUAUGAUAUCGUUUUAAUCGGCAACUUGUUUGGUCAACCAAAGUUCCAGGAGCAUUAUGGUACCUGGCGGGGGGAGGAUCUGGGUUACCAGAUCUCCGCUCCAUGGCAAGCUGGUCUCGGGAACGGAACUGCAGUGGGAACGAUCAUCGGCGCCUUUGCGAACGGCUGGUUGACGCAAAGGUUUGGCUACCGCAAAACACUCCUUUGCGCUCUGGCAGCUGUGACUUGCUUCAUCUUCAUCACGUUCUUCGCCAGGAGUCUGCCCAUGCUCCUGACAGGCUCAAUCCUCUGCGGAUUGCCUUGGGGAGUCUUCGCCACAAUGGCUCCCGCCUACGCCAGUGAGAUUUGCCCGUUGGCUCUUAGGUCAUACCUCACCUCUUACGUGUGUUUAUGCUGGGCACUGGGUCAACUAAUCUCGGCCGGUGUUCUGAAUGGAUUCCAAAGCAAUAUGACGCAAUGGGCUUUCCGCGUUCCCUUCGCCAUUCAGUGGAUCUGGCCAAUUCCGCUUGCGAUCGUGCUGUUCUUCGUUCCGGAGAGCCCGUACUGGCUUGCGAGACGCAAUAGGCUCGAAGAAGCCGAGGAAGUGCUGAACCGACUGUCGUCGAAGAAGUACCCUGCCGACACCAAGAAACAACUCGCAAUGAUCGUGCACACCAACAAGAUCGAAGACGAAAUCUCCUCUGGUGGUAGCUAUGUCGAUUGCUUCAGGGGCAUCAACCUUCGUCGGACGGAGAUCGUGUGCCUGGUUUUCAUCACACAAAAUUCAACGGGGGUGGCUAUCGGAGGGACGCCCACUUACUUCUUCGUUCAGGCCGGCGUCGGAAGCGAGCAUGUCUUCAAGUUUGCAACCGGCGCCUUGGGGUUGGCAUCGGUUGGCGUCAUCAUCUCGUGGUUCCUGCUUUACCGCGUUGGCCGUCGAACGCUUUAUGUUUGGUCUUGCGGUGCUCUCGUCGUUUUGCUGCUGCUCAUUGGCGUAAUUUCGGCAGUCAGCCAGUCCCAAAGCGCCAGCUUCGCACAAGCCGGACUGGUACUUGUUUGGGAAAUCCUCUUCUAUGCCACAAUUGGGCCUGUCUGUUAUACCAUCAUUGGAGAGGUUCCGGCUGUCGGCGUCCGCAACAAGAGCAUCUGCAUAGCCCGGAUUGCUUACUAUAUCUCUCAGAUUACCGUUGGGACGAUAAGUCCGUAUCUCAUAAAUCCCACAGCGGCCAAUUUGCGAGGGAAGGUUGGUUUCUUCUGGGCGGGGACUUGCCUCUUGACCUUUAUCUGGUGUUUCUUCAGACUGCCCGAAACCAAGGGUCGAACUUUUGAAGAGAUCGAUCUACUCUUCGCUGCAAAAACUCCUGCGCGCAAGUUCGCCACGGCCAAGGUUGACGCGUAUGCAGAGAGCUCGUCUCGAGUUGUGCCAGAAAGCGCGGAUAAUGCAGACAGAGCUUGA